AUGAAAAAAUUAAUCACUCUCAAGUCCCUCAGUACUUUAUUUUUGUAGGAAAAAACAACAUUUACUCAGGAUUUAAGGGUAAAAUUGCAUUGGUCUAUUUCAAUUAAAAUGUAAAUGAUUGGGGAUUAUUAGAUGAGUGUCAUCGAUCUGGUUUAUCAAUUUCAAUAAUUUUCGAUGAAUAAUCCUUAAUUCCUGGAUGCUCAUAUUUUAUAAAUGCCAAAUGUAUUAAUUGUUUAGAGGGAUGGGAUUUUUUGGUACUAAGUAAUCAGUGUAUACCAAUUUGUGGAGAUAAUGUAAUAUAUGGAACAGAAGAAUAUGAUGACUGAAACUUAAUUCCUUUUGAUGGUUAUUUCAAUCGCAAAUUCUAGUGUGCCAACAAUUGUAAAUUAUGCGAAUUUGGAUAAUGCAUUUAAUGUUAAUUUGGUUAUAAGAUUUAAUCCUAGUUUUGUUAUCCUGUUUGUGGAGAUGAAUUAACUCUUUAUAGUGAAGAAUAUGAUGAUGGCAAUAUUGAAAAAUUUGAUGGUUUUUUAUAAGAGCAUAAUAUUUGCUAAAUAGAAUGUAAAUUUUGUUUUAAUUAAUUAUGCUUUUGAUGUUAAGAUGGAUGGUAAUUAAUUAGUAAUAAAUGUGAAUAAGUUUAUAAUGACAAUCUUUUGGCAAUAUUAUCAAUAGAAUAAUGUGAUAUUGAUGAUGAUAUUUAUUGUAAUGAUUGUUUGUAAUUAUGGCAAGAAAAUUGCAUAUAUUGCCUUACAUAUAAUCAAUGUGAAUUUUGCAGACAUCCAUUUGAAUUGGUCAAUGAAAUAUAUAAAUUAUACAAGGUAUGAUAUUUAUAUAAUAACGCUGGUGGAAUGUUCAAAUAAAUUUAAUCAAUCUAAAAAUUAUAUAUCUAUUUUACUUUAGAGAUCCUGUAGACAUCUUGUUCUUAGAGUUGAAUUAGAGAAAUCCACUAUUAUUAAUGAACUAAAUUAAUAUUUUUUGGAUAAUAGGUAAGUAAUCAACCUAGUAAAUCUUUUUUUUUUUUGUGAUAUCCAAAGCUAUUAUUAAGAUGCUACCACGAUCUUCUAAGAUCUUUAAUUUAAACUUAAAAUAAUAAUAUGAUUUAGAAAUAGAGAAGGAAACUAGAUAUUGA